GCUUUCAAAAUGUUUCAUAACUGUAUUAUGGUUUUUUUUUCUUUUUUAAAUUUUUUUGUGUUUGAUGAUAUAAUUUUGUGAAAUUUUUUUGCAUUUACAAAAAUAUUUACUUCCUGUGAAAUAAAGUUUUUGAAUAUUUUUGCACUUUGUUAGUCACUGAUCUCUAUACAAAAAAAGUUCAACAGGGAUUCUAACAGACAUGACCACCCGCUCACUAUACGUUCCCUCUCAUCUUUCCUCAGUUGAACUGGUCUGACUGAAGUUAUGAGUGACCCUGGUGUGAGUUUGUUGGCCGCUGUUUCAGGAUGUUCAAUUAUUAACUUCCCACACAUACAGUCGAACACAUUACAUUAGAAAGGACCUAAUAGAGGGAAAUUUUACUGCAGCUCUAUUUUGCCUUUUAAAAUGUUCUCAUAUUCAAAUUGGUUGGAGUAAAACAUUUUCCGUUCUUGCAUCCCACCCACUCACUCCCACCAUAUGGUACUGUAAUCUCAUCAUUUCUCUUUACCUCCACCGGUCACUUAAAUCAGAGCUGGGAGGCAGAAAUUAUCCGCAGAGAGAUUCAUAUAAUACAUCCUAAAGUUUGAACAAAUCCACUUACAACUUUUCUUCUGAUUAUAAAAGUGGAGCUGGAGGCUGCUGAUUAGUUCUUUACUUUUAGAGGGGAAGUGUGUUUCAUCAAACUGGCAGACUGUACGCUGAUGUAUAUGAAGCCUGACUAUGGACAGAGGGCGUUUGAGACGGUCCUCAUCACAGCAGCUUAUUACAGCAGACAUGGCUGUGAGACAUGCUUCACUUUCCACAGACACAGAGGGACACUUCUCUCCUUCAGAUUGUGCUGUUUUAAAAAUUAACUCCCUAUUAAUUACACACCGGCCUGCAGUGAAUGUGAAUAUGACAGAUAAUUACAGUUUUCACUCCUACCAGGUCUGAUCCAACAUGAUGGACUGCUUCGUACUGUACAGCCCCAUCUGUUAAACUCACUGGAAGGGAUUUCGUUCCUUGUAGUCUACUUCCCCCCAGAGUUUACAGACCUGAACUACAGCUUGUGUUUUAAAUUUGAGGAUGAAAAGUCAAAAAAGUUUUCAUGCAAAUGUAGCGGACUAUAACAAGCACAAUUUAAAACAAUCAAAAAUUUACUAGCAUUUGGAGGUGAGAUGUGCAUAUCUUUGUCAAGUUAUGACUAUUUUAUUACUAUCUGCUAUCUAUGAAUAAAAUAUUAUCUACUUACAGACAAAAUAAGAACAUUUCAAAAAUAUAUAACAUUUCUAAAAAUUGCAAAAAUUAAUUGGUGUAACAACAAGUUUAAAGACAUGCAAAAAUUCAUAUUGUUAAAUAGCAAGUGUAUUUCAGAUGCAAAAAUAAAUUUAUUUAUUUUAAAAAACCUCAAAAAUUUUAAGGAACACAUUUAGUUUCCAAACAAUAUUUCACAAAAUAUACUUUUAGCAAUUUACAGAAUUCAAACAUUUUUCAAAAAUUUUUAAUAUUUUUUUAUGAUGGAUUAAGUAAAACUUAUUGCAUGAAUAUUUCAUGAAAGAAAGUGUGUAAUGAAAGGGAUUUCUGCAUUUCAACAACUUUUUUGUUUCAUUUUUGUGUCUUGAUACUUCACCAGAUAAUUAGAGCAACACAAAAAAUAUAUGUAUAAUUCUAAAAUUAAAGAUUAAGAGAGAAAAAAGAAUAAAGUCAUUCAGAAAUCAAAUUGAAAAUUGCAUUUAGAACAGCAUUAUGCUGCUAAUUGUUGACUCGAUUUCAAUAUUGUUAUUAUUAUUGUAGAACAACUUUAUUUUUGUGAGAAAACAACUUCGUUUUUUUUCUAAUCUUUAAAAAGGCAUUUUCUUCCCGUCUGUCUUUUUUUUUCAUAAAUCCUUGAUAUAUUCUAUGUUCAGUGUAACUUUAGGUUAUGUGAAAUAGUUUUACACUUUUAUUUCACAGUUGUUGUUGUUGUUGUUUUUUGGUUCAUUUACUUGUUUUGUGUAACUGUUUCAAUUGUCAACCAGUUACAGUUUUUCAGUGGCCAGUGUCAAUACAGAUGAACGGUGCAUGUUCAGUUUGAAUUCUUCUAAACGUUCAGUGAACGAAUCACUCAUUAAGCCCAAUUUACUGAGCAGACCUGAUAAAUGGCAUACAAUAGGACAGUACACUUAAAACAUCAUGACUUUUGCCAAAGCAACACAGCCAAACACUCUUGUCUCCCAGUCCUAGAAACUAUGAAUUGAACUGAAUCCUGAGCCAUUCGGCUGUGUAUCAAUUCAGGAGUUUGGAGACUCAGGCCUCUCCCGGCAAGCGUUAAGUAAUUUGGUGAUUUGGUAAACGAAUCUUUUGAACGAAUCUUUUUAGUAAACUGAUUCUAGUGAUUCAGUAUAUCUAAAAUAACUGUCAUGCCCAUCAGUAGUGCUCGCUAAAGUCGCGAAAUGAAUUUUGACCCUCGUGAGUUUCUGUUCUACGUAGCUCUGUGUUGACGUGUGGCUCGAUAGGGAGCUGCUGUCUGUUUAGCGUGCUAGCAGACCAGCUGUUCUGAUCGGUUUUGUUCAAUAAAACAGACUUUAAUUAAAAAAUCUUACUCACUUAAACGAUGGCGGCGGAUUGGGAGGAAAUCAGACGGCUCGCUGCUGACUUCCAGAGAGCUCAGUUUGCUGAUACAGUGCAGAGGUAACUGAACGCUUUAAGCAGCUGUUAGCAGCUAAGCUAAUGCGAACUAGCGUUUCAACUUUCAACCAGAUAGAAUAACAAUGAAAGUAAAACGGUGAUGUUUCUGUAUUUGUCCGCAGGCUUUCAGAGAGGAACUGCAUUGAAAUAAUUUCUAAACUAGUCCAAGAGAAGAAGCUAGAUGUGGUCCACACUACGGACGGGAAAGAGUAUAUCACUCCGGCUCAGAUCAGCAGAGAGAUCCGAGAUGAGCUCUACGUCCACGGAGGUCAGUUUAACUUUAAAUAAACCAUCCUAAACAUGCUGAGAAAGACCCUUUUCUUCUAUGCAGGUUAAACUUAGAUUUAACACGUGUUCUGCUGCUCUGUUUAACAGGAAGAAUCAACAUCGUGGACCUCCAGCAGGUGCGUGAAAGUGGACUGAAAUUGACAUAUCAGAUGGAGUUUAUUGCUGUUUUAGAGCAGAAGAUAAAAGUGUCCAGGGUUUCCAAAAAGGACAGUUUUCUUCUUCUUUCUGGUUUUGUUUUCCUCUGUGCAUGGUUCAGUUAUAAUCUACUUUUGUAAAUGCAGAAACCUGUUCACAGAUAAUGGAUUUUUGACGUGAUUUUGAUCCAGUGCAGUGAUUUCUACUACAGAGUCAUGUCUGUUUUUAAAGCAGUGCUCCUUGAGGACCUGAAGAUCAGGGCCAUCCAGUAUCUGCCCUGGUCCUUGUCCCUUUGGAACAGAGUGUUCUUUUAGAUACUCUGAGUCUUUUCAUGAUAUUAUGUUAUGUUUAUAGGGCUGGGCGAUAAAACGAUAACCAUAUAUAUUGAAAAUUCAUUUCCCUCAGUAUCAAUAUCAAACAUGAUCAAUAUGCUUUUUGAUCGUCAGCAUUCUGCCAUGUUUUGGUAGACUAUAUGAGGAGUUGCUCCUGGUCCACUUCACGCUGAACUAAUCAUGUGUUGAAUUAAAACCAUGUAGCAAACAACUGUGUAGUUCAGGCUGCAGUUACACGCAACCGUAGCACUUUAACACAUGAAGCAACCGGCAGAAAUGCAGAUGAAGACUCAACAGAUGACGACAUUGUCAACAACACUGGCACAAAAACCUCGGUGGUGUGGAGGUGUUUUAGUUUUUUGAGGUCAGACAUAAAGCAGAGUAAAGUGCACUGCAAAUUAUGUCGAGAACAUGUUCUCGGAAAGUCAGGGAAUACCUCAAAUCUUUUUCACCACCUGAAGCAGUGCCACGCGGCAGAUGGGAAAGUUUACAAACCCUGAGCGGAGUAAGGAGCCCAUGGCGCCUGUGCAGCCAAAACUUACCAUUUCUCUUGCGCUAUACCUUACAACAAAACAUCAAAGAGACACAAAGACCGCACAGAUGCAGUAGCUUAUUGUUUUGCAAAAGACGUUCGAUCAAUAAGCACUGUUAAAUUUCAUUUUUAUAUUGUGAUAUAUAUCGAUAUCAACUGAUAUGAACCAAAUAUAUUGUGAUAAUCUUUUUCCCAUAUCGCCAAGCCCUAACUGUAGAUGAUAAAGUCCUCAAAGGGCUGAAACACAUUCCCUACCCCAAAUUUCAGAGGAGUGUAUAUCACAUGAAUCAAUUGAAAUUUUCAUUAUUUUAAAAGGGAAUUUUCAAUUAAAGAUAUGAGUGAAUCAUUAUUGAUCUUUUCUCUCCCUUUCAGAUUAUCAAUGUGGAUUGGGUCCAUGUUGAAAGUAGAGCAAAUGACAUCGCAAAAUCUGAUAAAGGAGUUCAACUUGUGCUCGGACAACUUAUUGACGAGUGAGUAUGUUGACUUUUCACAGCACAGAUAAACCCUCAAUGCAAACUGUGAUUCUUCCCUUAACAUUUGUUCUGUAUGUUCAAUACAAAUGUUUAUGUUAGUUUAAGUUAUUGAAUAGAGAUUUGAAAACAAAAGGUUCAAUUAAAAGUUUAAAAUGAAAAGAUACAUUUAAAUUCAUGCUGGGUUAAUUUCUUGGUGGUUUUGUAUUGUGUGUAGCACAUACUUGGACCGUUUGGCUGAGGAGGUCAAUGACAAGCUGCAGGAGGCCGGACUGAUCACCAUUUCUGAACUGUGUAAAAACUACGACCUCCCUGGAGAUUUCUUAACAGAGGUGAGACCCGCCUCACUCUAUCGUCUGCUCCAGCAUGUGUUUAUCACAGAAAAACUCACAUAAGCUCUGUCAGAUUUGCGUAGAAAAAUGAUAUAUAUGUAUAUUUUUGCUGUUAUUGUUGAUAAAAAUGUCACAUUUGCCUGUGUAUGUCAGGAGCUGUCAAAGCGCCUCGGGAAGCUCAUCCAGGGAGAGAUGGACCAGUACAACAGGGGGGUCAUAUUCACGCCCGCUUUUGUCGCUCGUCACAAAGCCAGAAUACGAGGGCUUUUCAGCGGGAUCACAAGGUUAGCAGCGUUAAAAUAUUCACAGACCUGAGCUCUAAAGAUUUUCUCUCAAGCACGGCCAAAGUAAUCAGGGGAAGUAGUCGAAUAUAUUUGCAUUCUGUUCUUCAUUGUUAAAUAGAGUCUCUAAUAACACAUUGAUUAGAUAUUACAGAGUGUUGGUACAGGAAGCCUGCACAACCAAAAUAUUUACUGCCAAUGAUAAUAAACUUUUAAACAGUGUGUUAUGAUUCAGUUUCAUGAAUAUCUAGUGUCCUAUAAGGAAAUACUUUUAAGUGAAACUUGUGCUGUUUUGUUGCUGACAAGUGUUUUCUUAAAAUGCAGCUUUUUGUUGCAAUCGCCUGAUGUUUACCUUGCUGACUAAAUCAUCUGUUCUGCAUCCACCCCCUCCUGAGCAUUUGUGAUUAUAGAAGCUCAGAUAUGUUUGUUUAGUUAACAAGGGUGGGUCAACUCCAGCUUAGUCAAGAGAGAGAUUCAGCUGAGAUUACAAAACAGCUCCUCUUAGACGCCCAGUCAUUUAGAAAUCACGCUGUGUUACAAUUUAGAUGUAACGCUCUUCUGUUUUUGCCCUUUUUUUUUUUUUUUUUUUUUCAUUUUGCAGACCGACACCCGUCAGCAGCAUGAUUGGAGUGUUUGGAUUUCAGGAGCAUCUUCUAUACUGUAAGAAAACAUGUUUGUUGUCUGAUUAGUUUUUUUUUGUUUGUGUCUUAACUGUCUCAAAACAUCCAAAUGUGAUGUAGAUUUUAGGUCCAGAAACCAAGAAGAUUACAGUGUUUGAAUAAAUGUUCUUUAUAAUUAAUCGCUAUUUUAGCCGUCCUGGAGGAGCUGGUGAACACCGGACGCCUCAAAGGAAGCGUUGUUGGAGGUCGUCAGGACAAAGCCGUUUACAUCCCUGAUAUUUACGCCAGAACUCAGAACACCUGGGUGGACUCCUUCCUCCAGCAGAACGGAUAUUUAGGUAUGGAUUCAAAAUUUUUGAAUGGUUUUAUAUUGUUGUGUUAGAUUUUGAUGGUUUUCAAAUUAUGUAAAGCCAACAUUUAAUCAAGAAUAGUACUAAGACGAUGUAUUCAAACUGACAGAUUGUAACAUUUUAAGAAAAGCAAUCUGCACGUUUAAAAUCAAUGUUCAUGUUCAAAAAUCUCUUCUUUUUGCAAAUUUAAGAGAAAUCUUAAAAACUGACUUACAUGUGAUGUGUAUUUGUGGGGAAAUAUGGUCCCUGGAAUAGUCGGUAGACAAUCAUAAUCAUUCAGCUGUUUCACUGGUGUUAAAAAUGCAGACUAGAGAUGGAGAAAAUCAACAAUAUCGUAGAAUUGCAGUUUAAAUCAAAUCGGCAUCCAAAAAAUAGUAGAAGAAUCGGAUCAGGAGAAAAGCGUAUCAUCCCAGCCCUAUCAUCUAAAGUUCAUUAUAUCAUGAAAGAUUCAGAGAAUCUGAAGAAAUCUCUGUAAAAAAAAAAAGGGCAAGGACCAAAACUAAGGAAGCACUGCAUUAAAAACAGACAUGACUCUGUAGUGGAAAUCACUACAUGAGCUCAAACUGUCAUCCAAAAAAAGAUAAAGGGUAGUUGAUAAAUGAGAAUAAAUGAUUGAGAAAUUUCAGGGUUUUUUUUAGGUUUAUCUUCAUACUGUGCGUGUGUUGACGUCUGAAUGUGCUCCUCCUGCAGAGUUCGAUGCGUUGGUCAGACUCGGGAUCCCUGACCCUCCCACAUACAUCAAGAAACGCUUCAAAUCCAACAAGCUGCUGUUCCUCAGAGCCGCAUGUGUGGGUAAGACUCUAGUGGACCAGGUGGAGGCAUCUGUGGAGGAAGCGGUCAACUCCUCCACAUGGACCGAUAUACAGGUACACAUCACUCUGUGCUGCUAAACCACCUGAACUACCAUUUUAUAUCGGAAUACUUCUGUUUUUCACUGUUACCCUCUUCUUAUUUCAGCCGAUUCUGCCCAGCUGCCUGACAGACGAGGAUGUGGGGAUGCUGAUUAGCCAAGCUAUGAGAAACACCAACGUUCAUUCCUCAGCCAGAAUAUUAGGAGGGACUGUGGUGGUCAGCGAGAAGUUCAUCAGUAACUGUCUGACUCUGUUUGAUGAAGCCAUGCAGCAGAAAGCUCAGAAGGUACAGCCUCCUUUAUAAAGUCAGAUGUCAUGUUUAAAUGAGGGGUGUAAAACUUGGAAGCUCAGUCUUUGUUUUUCUGUUCUGAUGCUCUCAGGAGGUGAAGAACAAUCCAGUUUUUCUGAUAUCUGAAAACGACGUAAAGCAAGCGUCCGCGCUGACGGAGAGCUCGGCCCUGUCGAAAAAGGAGAAGAGGGAAGCUGAGCGAAGGAAAAAGGCUACAGGUUGGUUUGUCUGUUCGACUCAAUUCAAAAACUCUCAAACUUUGCCACAUUUUUUACCCAAGUUUACAGACUUACAUUUUAAUCUUACGAAUCUGUAAACCGUUUGUCUCUCAGAGGGCAGCGGCAGCGUGAAAGCAGGCGGAGGAGGAAACGCCAGAGAGAUCCGCAUCCGCAAGACCAAGAAGAAAGGGAGGAAAGAGGAGGACAGCGACGACGAAACCGGACCCUCACAGCAAAGUAAAGUCAGGACCUCAGAGCGUUUUAAUCCUCAGAGGGACCCGCUGCCUCUGCAUGCACAUUAACUCUGCUCAGUGAGGUGUUUUACUGUAACAAGUGUAUAAUGGCUGGUUGGAUAGAAAUCUCUCCCCCGGGUCGUUAAACCUUUUUAAAAAACUGUAGCAUCCCUGCGAGACUAAUUAGCUUCUGUUUUACCUUUGCCAAGAUCGGAGCAAACAGACGGAGGCCCCCUUUAUGGCCCAGGAGGAAAUCGUAGCAGUUUUAGAGGAGAGAGUGAGCGACUGCCCCGAAGAAAUCCUCUCUGAGCUGGCGGAGCAUUUAGUCAGGUAAUACACUCGUUCCUCUCAGAGAGUUCCUCUGCAAACACUCAGAGAGCAGAAAGUUUAUCCUCCGACUCUUUGUCACCAUUCAGGCCUCUGAAUAAAGCUUAUCAGGAGGUGCUGCGGACCGUGUUCAUGUCCUCCUCCAGCUCUCCGUCAGGGGCGAACAAGAAGAAGAGCAUGAAGGAUCUUCAGGAGGAGAUCACCAACCUGUACAACAACAUCCGCCUCUUUGAAAAGGGAACCAAAUUCUUCUCCGGUAAGUGCUUUUCCAUCCUCAGGAGGGCAGAAGUCACUGAUUUAAGAGAAUUUACUCACGAGAGAUUUAUUGCAUCAUUUUUGAACUGAAGUACAAAUUUAACAUUUUGAGCUCAAAAUAACCAGCAGACCGGUUGUUUUGGGGAUUGUUUCAGCCAGGCAGCAACCGAGCAUCUCCCAGAUUCAGCUCUUUUGAAAUUCUAUCAACAACCUUUUUUAAAAUGAACUCACUCAGACUAUGAUGAUUAUUUUUAUUUCUAUUACUAUUAUGAUAAUUAAUAUUAUUAUAUAAUAUUAUGAUAUAUAUUUAAAUCAUUAGUGUAGGAGAAGUGGUGGGACUAGAUAAGUCUCAACUCCUCCCACUCCUUUUUGAACAUGGAUAACUUUUUGUCAGUUGUUGUUGUAUUUUUUACUUUUUUUAUUAUCAUUAUUUUUAUGUGUUCAAAAUAAACCUUUAAUCAAUCAAAAGACUUAGUACAGACUGUGAAAAUGUUUAAAAAUCACGUCACUGGAGAUGCUUGUUAAUGCAACUGCAGGAGAAGUAAAUGUCUAAACCAGCAGAUGGCAGCAGUGCUCAGUUAUCAGUAAACCAGGUGACUAAAGGCUGCAGAAAUACAAACCUUUGUCAUGAAGCAGCAAUCCACACUCACACCAAUUUUGCUCACAAUACAAUUUCCUAAUAAAGCUACCUCCAGUUUUUCACUAACUGUCGGCCCACCUUAAAGGGAUAUUCCGGCGUUAAAUUAAGUUAGGGUCAAACACACUGUAACAACGAGUUAGACUUCCCCUCUAGAGAUGAAUGUUGCUGACUGCUUGUUUCUCUAGUUAUACCAACUUUAGCAACGACCGCAUGAUAGCAAAACACAGCUGUCUAUGGAUCCACAUGCACACUUCAACCAAAAAGCCACUCUAUAGCCACAAAUAAUGCUCAAAACAGCACCUAACUUCGUCAACAGCACAUAUAAGGUCCCAGCAACAGCACUAGCCACCAAACAUCUUUUUAAUUUUGCCUGAUUUCUUCAGCAAAGAGACGAAACACAACUCACCUACUCUCUUCCAGCAGCUGCUUGUUUGUAGCGAGACCUUGGGCAUGUCCGUCACCAACUGAAGCGGGGUGACGCAGCUCAAGGAAGAACAUUUAUGAUCAUCACUUGAUCAUGUCCUCGGAGAAAUAAUCACCAUAUCGAUCAUUUUGCACUGCAGAUGUGGUAGUUCUUCUGCCUUAGCGUCUCAAUCUGAUUUUCCAUUCAGAGUGUGUUUGACCCUAACUUAAUUUUACACCGGAAUAUCCCUUUAAGUAAAUUUGAGUCGAAAGAAGCUGCAGUUAUCUAGUUUCCGCUGCAUGGUACAGUUACAACCUACAUUUACGGAUGCAGUGAUUUGCUGUUCAAGGUCAUUUUGAGACAUGAAAAUGAGUCUGUUUUAAAUUAAAGACCUCACAGUGUAUCUUAAAAUGAUCAUAAAUGACACCAGAAUACUGUGUAUCCUUGCAGAUGAGACUCAGGUCCACAUUUCCAAACACAUCCUCAAGACCCUGUGCACCGAUGUCACCAACAUCCUGGUGAACUUCUUGGCUGCCGACCUGAUGAUGUCUGCGGAGAACCCCAGCAGCAUCACCACUGAGGUGAGAGAAAAAAUAAAAGCUCCUUUUCCGCCUCUGUCUCCUCAGGCGAGCAGAGAUCACUCCAAAUCAAGUUAGGGUUAAUUAGGACUGGCUGUGUGAAAGGCUCUGUGGGAGUUGUUAGAGCGUGGACUUCAUCCCGGAUGUCUCUGAUGUGUCGCCUCAGGUCAGAGUGAAGAUUCUGAGCAAACUGUCGGAGGAGACCAAAGGACCUCUCAUGAAGCUGCACAACAGUCUGAACGGCAAAGUGAGUGCGUUUCCUGUUAGUUGCAUCAUCUGCCGGUUGUCGUGGUGACACAGUGAAGGAUACCGGUUCACUUUUCAUUCCUGACAGGCCAUCGAGGACUUCCUGACCAACAUCGAGAGCUGUGCGGAAGUUUGUGGAUUCAUGCUGAAGAAGGGAGACAAGAAAAGGGAGAGGUACCGACAGCUCUGAGUCUAAAUCCUUUCAUUGUGCGAUUGUAGUUAUGAUCUCACUUCCUCAUGCUCCUUAACUUUGUUUCACGUUGAUCUGAGCUGCUCGUACUGUAAAUGUAAAUGUUCUUUAUUUAUACAGCCCUUUACAACAACCCUUUUGGUGAACCCAAGUGCUUAACAAUACAUAGUAAAAAUGAAUAAAUAAAAACAAUAAAAAACAAUAAGAAAGGAAUAAGAUACAAUGCAAUAAAAUUAAGUGUCACCACACUACUGUGUAUUAAAAGCCAGCACAAAUAAAUACGUUUUCAAUCGGGAUUUAAAAACGCCAAGGUCGGAAACAAUGCUGCGUUCGAGUUACCUCGGAAGUCAGAAGUCCAAGCUGAAAAUGACGUCACACCUAAGUUACCAGCGUUUCAGUUACCAAGUUGGAAAAAAGCAAACUCAGAGGCGGAAACAGGAAUUGGAAAUGACAUCACACCCGAGUUAGCAGCGUUUCAGUAACCAAGUCGGAAAAUAGUAAAACCGGAGGCGGAAACAAGAUGGCUACAUCUACGAAAGGGGAUGCUAAAAUAACGUAAAAUAACUAAAAUAACAAGCGCUAAAGUAACUUUCGUAGAUGUAGCCAUCUUGUUUUCACCUCCAAAUUUUCUUUUUUUCAACUUUGUAACUGAAAUGCUGCAAACUCAGGUGUGAUGUCAUUUCAAACUCCAACAUCUGACUGCGAGGUAAGUCAAACGCAGCGCUAGUUCAACAAUUUCAGAAUAAUGAAACAAGAAACAUUAUGUUACAUUAUGUGCUUUGUCCUUGUUAUAUUCGAACUAGGCAAGCGCUAAAAUAACUUUCGCAGAUGUAGCCAUCUCGUCUCCACCUCCAAAUUUGUUUUUUUCCGACUUGUUAACUGAAAUGCUGCUAACUUGGGUGUGACGUCAUUUUCAGCUCCAACAUCUGACUUCGGCGGUAACUCGAACGCAGCAUAAAUCCUUUCAAUGUGUGAUUGUAGUUGUGAUCUCAGCUGGAGCUACCACUCCCUCAUGCUCCCAAACUUUGUUUUAUGUGAUCUGAGCUGCUCAUAAUGAGGGUAAAAGUGAGGGUUGUUUGAGGAGACGGGCCACGCCCACGCUCUGCUGUGUAAAGAAAGAGAGGGAAGGUUCGGCACCUACGUUUAUUUCUGACAAGUUUUAAUGCAUGUGAUUGUGUGUUCUUCAGACAGGCCCUGUUCGUGCACCGUCACGCUCUCACUGAGCAGCUGAAGGAGACGGAAGAUCCCGCUCUGGUUCUCCACCUGACCAGCGUGCUGCUGUUUCAGGCCAGCACCAACUGCAUGCUGCACGCUCCGGGACGCUGUGUACCCCAGAUCAUCGGUACCCUCACAGGCCGAAUACCCACGGUAUGCACUGUAGAAACACAUUUCAAGCUUUAUCCUGCUGCAGAUGAGUCAUAACCAACCGAAGUCAGCAGAAAAGGAUGUGAAAGGAUGUGCCGACACUGUACAGAAAUAGAAUCAGAACUCUCACAUCUUGAUGGUUAAUGAUGACACUAAGAAAACCACCUUAAAUAGCUCCAUAAUCCCAGCUCACCCAGUAAAAACAGAGGUGAGUAUUCGUGCUUGAGUGUGGUCUAAAUGUAUCAGCAAAUGUUGGUAACACACUGCCUCACCACGGGAUUGUUUACAUCUACUGUUCAGACACUGCAGCUGUGUGUUGUCUCCAUCUGCCGUCUGCAGUCCUCACAGUCAGAGAGUGUUUGUUUGGUGAGUUAAACGCCUGAAAUGUGUGUGUCGUGUGUGUGUGUGUUUUUUGUCGCAGGAGCAGCAGCAGCUGCUGUCUGCCUAUCAGAGCCUGGUGGUGAAGCAGCUGGUGAGCCAGAGUCAGAGCAAGAAGCAGGAGGAGGCCGGAGAAGAGGCGAACAAAGAAGAGGAGCAGGAUGAAGAGGGAAGGAGCGUCCGCACGCAGCUCAUAAACCUGAUGCCACAAGUGAAAGACCUGGUCCUGUCUCAGAAGAAGCUGUCCGUCACAGAGGAGUGAAGACAACAAUACAAGAAGAACGAAUGUCUGAACCGUCACGUGAUUGGUUUUUAAAGGUCUUAAAUGUUCAGAUGAAUUAUAUUAACUCUGACAGAUCAGAAGUUAAUACUGUAUUUUUGUGGUUGAUCCAUGUGGACGUAAUUCUAAAUUAUUGAAGUUAAAUCCCUGUGUGGGAUGUCUCCCUGUAAACCUAAUUAACAUGAAAGUCCUCAAUGAGGCUCAGAUUUUUCAUGCAUUCAUUAAAGCCCUCCUCUUAUUCAGCU